AUUCUCAAUCCUUCAAUGGGCAAUGUUGAAUCAUCUAGCCUCUAAUGCUUUACUGUGUGUUGAUUGACUUCAUAGCGAUACGUCUGUUUGUGGAACCUCUAGAACCUCAGUGUGGUGACAGGAGAAAUGUUCCAGGGUUAAUCAAAGACAGGUCUCAUCACUGAUAGGUAGCUUUCUUUCGUUGUGUUAUUUUCCACCCAUUUACUGGUGUCCAGAGAAGUCUCAAUGCUGGACCAUUAACUGACAGGUUGUUUGAUACGGUGCGUCAUGUAAGUUUGAGAGUACAGUGGACAUUCUCCUUGGGACAUGAAAAUCAACACUGGCGAGACCCACAUUGACUUAGGAAUCGUGAUAAUUCUGGACUGUGAUGUCCUGAGAAAGAGCCUUGUGAUACCUGACCGACAGAUCCAUGCUAAUGUCUUUGCCUCAGUCCUGCUGGGGACAGACUGGACUGGAGCUGUGUUCAUGGUGGCAGUCUGCUGGGGACAAACUGGACUGGAGCUGUGUUCAUGGUGGCAGUCUGCUGGGGACAAACUGGACUGGAGCUGUGUUCAUGGUGGCAGUCGUGCUGGGGACAAACUGGACUGGAGCUGUGUUCAUGGUGGCAGUCUGCUGGGGACAAAAACUGGACUGGAGCUGUGUUCAUGGUGGCAGUCUGCUGGGGACAAAAACUGGACUGGAGCUGUGUUCAUGGUGGCAGUCUGCUGGGGACAAAAACUGGACUGGAGCUGUGUUCAUGGUGGCAGUCUGCUGGGGACAAAAACUGGACUGGAGCUGUGUUCAUGGUGGCAGUCUGCUGGGGACAAACUGGACUGGAGCUGUGUUCAUGGUGGCAGUCUGCUGGGGACAAACUGGACUGGAGCUGUGUUCAUGGUGGCAGUCUGCUGGGGACAAACUGGACUGGAGCUGUGUUCAUGGUGGCCCUGAGAAAGAUAAAGUGCAUUCAGAAAGUAUUCAAAUUCCACAUUUUGUUAUGUUACAGCCUCAAAAUGAGAUGAAAUUGUUAGCCUUAUUCUAAAAUGGAUUAAAUACAUUUUUUCGCAUAAAUCUACACACAAUAUCCCAUAAUGACAAAGCGAAAACAGUUUAUUUUUUCAAUGAAAUAAAUAAAUAUAUCUGAGAAAGAUAUCUAGAUCAACUCCAUGGAGCACACAACACCACCCCACAACCUCCCAAAGGCUUUUUUCUCUGGAUUAUUGUUUUUCACUGAGUGAAUCUAAUGUGCGAGGGACAUUGAGUGGGGUUGUGUGUCUCUGGUUUGUGCAGUUUAGUAAUAUACAAGGCUGAAAUCUGAACAUCAGUCUGACAAUCUUGCUCCUGUAAGCUAUUACUAAGAUAUGGGGUAGGUAGACUCUUAAAUCAUCAUUGUAAGGUCCCAAUCAGUGAUGUAGUGGUAAGAGAAAGAUGUGGGUAAACUGAUCGCCGGGCCGCCGUGAAAAAAGUCACGCUCUCUUUCAAUACAUUUAUUUUCCGCAAAAGGUGGGUAAAAGUGUCUGGCAAAAUAAAAGGUGGGUAAACUGUGUUUACUUGUGUUUAUAGU